UGUUUGCAGGAGGUUUGAGUGGUCAAGGUCUAAUUAGCCUAUAAGCUCUGCUUUCACAAUUUGGUUAAGGAUUAAAAACAAGUUUUAUACAUCAAGAACAUGCUCAAAGCAAGUGUAGGGAAUACAACAAAAAACAACAUAAUAAACCACUCAAUACAGGUAUAUAUACUAUUACCGAGUACAGUAUCAUUAUGUAGUGUUUAGAAUUCAUAAAAAGCAAGAAUUCUUUAUUUGACAUAAAACAAAAACUAGUAUGUGAUUUUAAAGCCUCCGUUUUACAGAGUGUGAUAUAUUUAUCAGGGUUAUUUCCCCCCUUAUUUUCAAUAUAAAUACACACAGCCACAGAACCACAUAUUUUCUCUAAACCAAGUUAACAAAACAAAUCACAGCAGCUAUGACACUAUAAGACAGCCAGUCAGGGCAAGUCAGGUAGAAGGAAGUCCAAUCCAGAGGGAUCCAUGAAUCGGCUAUUCUAUUCAGCUUUCAACAUAUAACAACAAAAUAUAACAAAGGAUACCAUCUCCAUAGUACAUAAAAUAUGAGCAGUUGUUUUUUGGGAAUCCUGUUGUGUUGUUUUCGUAAUUUUGUACAAAUUCAUCGAAGUAAACGGGUAAUUUCUCAUUCAAACACACUGUCAGUGAAACAAAGAGCGGUAUUAAGAAACUGUUCGUGUAGCAGCACGGUGUUUCAUCUAUUAUUUCUCUGUGUCAAUGAUUCAUAGCUGCUCUCACUGUUCAGCUUUUAUUGGAGCACUUCCCCUUUAAGAGAGCCAUGGCAGCUCUCAAGUCGAGGCAGACAUUUUUCAAUGCAAGAUUUUUUCCUUGCAUAAAUUAUGUUCAUGACGUAGUGCAAAAGGCCAAUUUUGUGGCAAUUUUGUCCGACUUUACAGCUGAAAUAGGAUUUUGUGAGACACCUCGAGGAUUUUUGAUUAUCUGAAGUGUUGCAGAAAGGCCAUCGUCAUUAAAUAUUAAGAGAGAGGAGAUCCUAACAUUGCAACCCUCCUUAUCAAUGCAAAUACCUCUUUUGUGUGCAGUCACAGCGCCUGUCUGGGAGCUGAGAUGAAUUUUUAAUUAUGUGUGACUGAAACAAACUGUGACAAGGACCUUUAUAAGAGCGGGGGAUUACAGCGAAUAAGCUGCAUUUACGCGAAUGCCAGGAAGACUGUGACUGUGGUGGUGCAGCGAGCCAUGAACUCCCAGGAUCUCCCUGCCAAAGAUGCCCCGCUUACUGUCAAUGAGCAGCCAUUCACUGUCUGACUGCAGAAGUCUUUUUUCAGCCAUUAAAUCCUGCACUUUGAAAUUCCCUGCCAAAGACAACCAGGUCAUUGUGAUGUCCGGCCAUGAGACUAUUCGAGUGCUAGAGGUAGAGGUCGAUGCGUCUCUGCCGUCAUCAGUAAACGAUGGGAAGAGUGAAGGCAAAGCUGAGGAGGGAGUGGCUCAGGCGGCGGAGCAACCGGAGGGCGGCAGCACCCAGGACAGCCCCACUGUGCCCCAGAGCACAGGGGGAAUAGUGCUGGGUGAGCAGCAGGUGGUGUCUGUAGAGGCUCCGGUCCCCGCUGUCCAAACGCUGACUCCUGCUGUUCCCAUCAGUGUGUCCAUGCCGCAGCCCCAGGCCGCCAUGCCCAUCACUGUACAAGGCUGUCCACAAGUGCUGACCCAGGAAAGUCUGGCCACGUUGAUGACCGGUAUGAUGGCCCAGACAGGGUCGCUGGGCCAACCCCUACUCAUCCCCCUGAGUAUGGCGGGCUCCAUCGGUGGCCAGGGCAGUCUGGCUGUUCUCACCCUCCCCACCACCAAUGUUGCUACUCUCCCUGGGCUUGCAGCAGCUAACUCGGCCGGAAACCUCCUCAAGCUGCCCUUUGCUGGCCUCCAAGCUGCCACAGUCUUGAACUCAGUCCAGCCCCAGCUGCAGACAAAUGCACAGACAGUGUUCCAGCCUCAUGCAGCCUCCAUGCAGUCAGUCCAGGCUGCUGUGCAGCAGGUGACGUCUCAGCCAACGCAGGUGACCAAUGCCCAGGUUACUGCAGCUCAGAUGGCAGCAGCCCAGGCGACCACGGCCUCAACCACCAUGUCUCAGUCCAACAUAUCUGUGGCAGCACUGCAGACUGCAGGACUCUCCCUCAAUCCUGCUAUUAUCAAUGCUGCUUCAUUGGGAGCACAGCCCCAGUUCCUCAGUUCCCUUGCCUCCACUCCCAUCAUCACCAGUGCCAUGUCCAACAUGGCUGGCAUCACCAGCCAGAUCAUCACAAAUGCCCAGGGACAGGUUAUAGGAACCCUCCCGCUGUUGGUGAACCCGGCCUCUCUGGCUGGAGGGGCUGCAACUCCCACCCUCCCGCUCCAGGGUCUCCAGGUCCAGACUGUCACCCCACAGCUGCUUCUCAACACCCAGGGACAGAUCAUUGCCACUGUAGGAAAUGGACCUGCCACAGUUGUGACUUCUGCUGCAGUUCUGCCCAAAGCCGCUGCUCCUACAACACUUACCAAGCCUAACACACAGGCUUCGGUAACAAGUGUCACUCCGUCGCCAGUUGUAAUCGCCCCGCAGCCGUCUGUACUGAAGACCGCCACCACGCUCUCUUCCACGGUACCCAUCACCUGUGGAGACAUUGCAAAAGUGGGCCAGCUUGUCAGCAAACCCCAGCAGGUUGUCAGCAGCGAGGAAGGCAUUAAUCUGGAGGAAAUUCGAGAGUUUGCCAAGAAUUUCAAGAUCCGUCGGCUGUCCUUGGGGCUUACGCAGACACAAGUAGGGCAGGCUCUGACUGCAACUGAGGGUCCGGCUUACAGCCAGUCUGCCAUUUGCAGAUUUGAAAAGUUGGAUAUCACUCCCAAGAGCGCUCAGAAGCUAAAGCCCGUGUUGGAGAAGUGGCUGGCCGAAGCCGAGCACUGGAACCAGAAAGGCCAACAGAAUCUGAUGGAGUUUGUUGGUGGUGAACCUUCCAAAAAACGCAAGCGGCGUACUAGUUUCACACCGCAAGCAAUAGAGGUUCUCAACUCCUACUUUGAGAAGAAUGCACUGCCAACGGGUCAAGAGAUUACUGAGAUUGCAAGAGAGCUAAACUAUGACCGAGAGGUUGUGCGAGUAUGGUUCUGCAACCGGCGACAGACGUUGAAAAACACAAGCAAAAUCAACGUUUUCCAGGUUCAGUAGCGACGUCAUUCUGGGAGAGUUUGCUACUGAUCUUUUAUCCUGUUGGGAAGCUGAACAUUUAAUACAAUAACACAGAUGUAGAUAGUGUUGUAAAUAUGAUUUAACCUCUGUAAAAGGCUGAAAGAAUAUGAAUUUUUUGAGAAAAUGAUUGAAAUACAUGACUGAAAUCUAAUGAAAGAGAACUUAAAACGAAUAAUUAUUGUGUUUUAAAGUUGUAUAUAUGUACACUACUUCUGUGGUGGGUACUAAGUCAAACUGCAUGGUCCUCUUAUCAUAUACAGUGAUAAUAACAUGUCAUAUUUAAAAACGUUUGAACUUUUAUACAAAUGGUUUUAUAGGGUAACCCUCUGAAUUACUUUAAGCGGGCGAGCACUGAGUAUUAUUGAGUUUAAUCACAUUCAUGUCACUUUGGCACAGUGGAUGACAGUACGCUGAUAUUUGAUAUUUAGCUCCUCAUUUACUUUAUAUUCAGAUAAUAUUUGUACUGCACGAGCAGCUCUGCAAACAUAAAUUCUGACAGGAAUAAAUACGACUGUAGGCUAUAAGUGGGCAAUGACCUAUAACCUUGUUUUCAUCAGAAGUUGUUAUCUAAAGAAAACCAAAAAUGACUUUGCCCUCUAACUACUCCUGACUCUGCAACAAGUAUUUUGGGACAAUCAUCAUUUUGAUAUUUGAUUGAUAAUCAUCAAGACAAAAGCUGCAGUCAUAUUCUCUUGUUUGGCUUUAUAAUAAAUUUAUUAAAUAAUUUUAUAAAAGUGUCACACAGUUGGGUGUUCAUGGAGAGGGUCAUUUCUGAUGUUCCAUGGACAACAGGUUCUUAUCAAAAUAAAGCAGUAGCCCAGACUGUUGCCCAUGAUGCCAACAUAUUACAGUUUUUAAAAAAAUAAAGUUUGUUUCAUUUGUGAGUUACUGAUCGUGCAAAUACACAUACAGUAUGUGUGUUUGAAUUCACAACAGUCUGUCCUCUUUUAAUGCUUUCUGUUAAAUGUGUUUAUAAUACUCUGAGAGUAUUUUGUGUUUUCUCGGUUCACUGUUGUGAAUUUUGCCCUUAAUGGCUUGACAGUGCUGCUGUGACAUUUUUUUCCCUUCAAGUUAAAGUAUAUUUCCAAAAUAGGAACUUAACUGGCCCAUUAUGAAGUCAACUUGAAAUAGUCUCAUGAUGCCUGAAACAUUAGUGCCAGAUUUUUUUUUUAGAUACACUUACUAAGCCUAAUAUCAAUCAAAUUGAUUAACUGAAUUUCAAAAAAAGUAAUUAACUGUUUAGUCAAGAAAAUGGGGUUUUGUGGUUAAAUGUGUUUUGAAAAUUCAUUAUGAAUGAGUUAAAGGAGUGUUUGCAUGUGAAGUCUGGAGUUGUUAUAUUUAGGAAAAAUACUGUGGCAGUUUUCUUUAUCGUUGCCAAUUCUUCAAGAAUUCUUUGCACUUUAGUGACAGCUGAGAAAGUUAAAGGGUUAAGAAUGCUAUAUGUACGGUGCAAGCAUCUGUUACGUUUGUAAAAGAAUUUAAUUUCUUCAUUGUAAAGUUUUUGAACGGCAAGAAGCUUUGCUUUCCAAAAUGUAGCAGUACUGGCAAAAUUGCAAUAAUCAACUUGACAUGCAACAUCUAUCAUUAAGAUUAAUGUACUUUUUAUGCAGAUGAAAUGUAAAAUACUGCAGAUUAAUUAUAAACUAAUAUACAUUAUUAUUCACAUAUCUAAAUUAUUUUAUUUGACCAUUGUGAAUGAUAUGUUGAAUGGGGCAUUUUAUUUUCCACCUCAUAUUUACCUUUUGAAUAACAGUAGGCCGACAUUGCAGUGGACAUACGGUAUGUCUAACCAUAAAAAAUCAUAUUACAAAGGUCUUGCUUUAACAUGUGUUUUACCUUCAUGUUAAAUAUGGGAAGACAAUAUAUAUAAUAUUGUUUAUUAUAGUAAGAUAUCAAUAGAGAAAAGAAGAGCUAAAUUAGAAUAAUAAGAUAUCAACCAUUAGUUUUUUUGACUGCAAAGCACACAAAGGGUUCAGGUCUGAGUGAGACAAGGGAAAAACUAAAGUUGGUUGCUUUUUGUCAUUUUCUGUCAGAUAAAUCAAAUAAAACCUGUCUUUAUUAAUCA